UGGACAGGCAUCGAUGUGGACAAAGGGGGAAUAAGCCCCCACACAUUUUUUGUUUUCAUUAAUCACCUUACAUUGCAGUGUUCAAAUAAUUCGGAGAAUAAAAACUCAAUGGUUACAAAAAUAAUAGAGAGGCGUAAAUGUUUUAAGAAAAGCAUUCGGAAAUUAAAGAUUUGCUAAUUGUGCCCAAUAUAAAUAUAAAAUAUAUAUAUAAUACAGUAAAACUUGCAAUAACAAAUUUUAAUAGAAGUUCUGAGGUCUGCAUACACAAACUGGUUAUACGCCGGAUGAAAAUAUUUUAAUAUGAUCAAAAUCGAUGGUUUACUCAAGUACCUAUGUUUCUGGAUCUGAGUUCCUUGGUGUAACGACCCCUUGAAAAGCAAUUACGCAUACUUCCCUGUUCUUGCUUUGGUGUUGCCGUGUGAUAAGGUUUGUUUGAAGGCAGUUAUUUCGAUACUUCUGGGACCCAUCCCUAACGGCAGGUCAUAAAACCCUGUUAAUCUGCGCGACUUGUUGAACAAUCCAAUCCCACGAUUAGAUUGCUGGAGAAAUGGGCAGUGCACGGAACAUUUUGUUGCUCUCCUCGUCGCGUUUGCACGGCCAUGGAUAUUUGGAGCACGCCCGUGGCCAACUCGAGGAUCUCUUCAAGAGUGCCAGUGUGAAGACGGUGCUCUUCGUGCCCUACGCUCUGCGGGAUCACGACAAGUACACUGACACCGUGCGGGAUGCCCUGAAACCCUGGGGAUACCAUGUGGAGGGACUGCACACGAAGCCGGAUCGAGAGAAGGCCUUGCGGGAGGCACAGGCCAUCUUCGUGGGCGGCGGCAACACCUUCGUCCUGCUGCGCACCCUCUACGAGCUGAAGUUGCUCGAUCCGAUCCGGGAGCUGGUGCUCCAGCGGGGACUGCCCUAUGUGGGCAGCAGUGCGGGCACCAACGUGGCCACCCGAUCCAUCCACACCACCAACGACAUGCCGGUGGCCUAUCCGCCGAGCUUCGAGGCCCUGGCCCUCGUCCCCUUCAACAUCAAUCCGCACUACCUGGACCCGGAGGCGGGCAGCCAGCACAAGGGCGAGACGCGGGACGAGCGGCUCAGGGAGUUCGUGACCUACCACGGACUGCCCGUUCUGGGUCUCCGCGAGGGCACCAGUGUCCGCGUCCAGGGCGAGAAGGCCACGCUCCUGGGAGAAUGCAAUGCCAAGCUCUUCAAGACCAAUGGCGGCGCCGAGGAACUGGCUCCUCAAGCGGAUAUCAGCUUCCUGCUGCAGAAAUAAGAUUCAGAAAGCAUUUAAAUCUAUAAAUGCACAAACAUAAAUUGUAUUAUUUCGCAUAAACAAAGAUUCUUACACCAGCAGCGGUUCCAGAAAGUAUUAGAAAUCAAAAAUGUUGAAUAAAAUACAUAUUACAUAUACUUCCUAUUUUUAACCCGAGUGGGGGGGAUCUAUCCCCACAUAAACAACACUGUAAUAAAUGUAAAACAAAAAUAAAAUUAUAGAACAAGAAAAA